UAUUCCAGUUUCUGCCUGAGUUGGAAAUGAGUCCCUCUGCUAUGCAUCCCAGCAAAAAGGCACCUUAAAUAUGUAACCCGGAAGAGUACGAGGUUAUUCCUAGAGUCUGGAACAGUGAGUAUCAUAGGUGCUCAAUAACCGUUUAGGGAAGAAUAACAUCCCAGUGAAGUCAAGAGGUUGGCGUAAUUGGAACACUCGGCGUGAGGCGCACCAGGUUUCCAGCGCCCCUGGUUUCCACGUCGCUAUGGUAACGCCUCACCCUGCACACAUGCGAACUACAAUUCCCUUAACCGCCCGCGGCUUCCCAGCCCACAGGGAGAGAAUGGCGCGAGCAGGCACGGAACCGGCUUUUCCUCCUUCCUGAAGUGUGAUUGGCCCGCGGCUCAGGGAGGUCACCAAUGAGUGCUCUCGCGGAGAGCGACGAGGCCAAUAUGGCUUCCUGCACCUGGUGACGCUUGGCGAAACUGAGGUCUCAUGGAGAAGCCCCCGAGUAUUGAGGAGACCCCAUCUUCAGAACCAAUGGAAGAAGAGGAAGAUGAUGACUUGGAGCUGUUUGGUGGCUAUGAUAGUUUCCGGAGUUAUAACAGCAGUGUGGGCAGUGAGAGCAGCUCCUAUCUGGAGGAGUCAAGUGAAGCAGAAAAUGAGGAUCGGGAAGCAGGGGAACUGCCGACCUCCCCGCUGCAUUUGCUCAGCCCCGGGACUCCUCGCUCCUUGGAUGGCAGUGGUUCUGAGCCAGCUGUCUGUGAGAUGUGUGGUAUCGUGGGUACAAGGGAAGCCUUCUUCUCCAAGACCAAGAGGUUCUGCAGCGUCUCCUGCUCCAGGAGCUACUCCUCCAAUUCCAAGAAAGCCAGUAUCUUGGCUAGAUUACAGGGAAAACCACCGACCAAAAAAGCCAAAGUCCUGCACAAAGCUGCCUGGUCUGCCAAAAUUGGAGCCUUCCUCCACUCCCAAGGGACAGGACAGCUGGCAGAUGGGACACCAACAGGACAAGACGCUCUGGUCUUGGGCUUCGACUGGGGGAAGUUCCUGAAGGAUCACAGUUACAAGGCUGCUCCCGUCAGCUGUUUCAAGCACGUCCCACUCUAUGACCAGUGGGAGGAUGUGAUGAAAGGGAUGAAGGUGGAGGUGCUCAACAGUGAUGCUGUGCUCCCCAGCCGAGUGUACUGGAUCGCCUCUGUCAUCCAGACAGCAGGUGCCCUUUCCUUUCCUUUCCUUUCAGGGUAUCGGGUGCUGCUUCGGUACGAAGGCUUUGAAAAUGACGCCAGCCAUGACUUCUGGUGCAACCUGGGAACUGUGGAUGUCCACCCCAUUGGCUGGUGUGCCAUCAACAGCAAGAUCCUAGUGCCCCCACGGACCAUCCAUGCCAAGUUCACCGACUGGAAGGGCUACCUCAUGAAACGGCUGGUCGGCUCCAGGACGCUUCCCGUGGACUUCCACAUCAAGAUGGUGGAGAGCAUGAAGUACCCCUUUAGGCAGGGCAUGCGGUUGGAAGUGGUGGACAAGUCCCAGGUGUCACGCACUCGCAUGGCUGUGGUGGACACAGUAAUCGGGGGUCGCCUACGGCUCCUCUACGAGGAUGGUGACAGUGACGACGACUUCUGGUGCCACAUGUGGAGCCCCCUGAUCCACCCAGUGGGUUGGUCACGACGUGUGGGCCACGGCAUCAAGAUGUCAGAGAGGCGAAGUGACAUGGCCCAUCACCCCACCUUCCGGAAGAUCUACUGUGAUGCCGUUCCUUACCUCUUCAAGAAGGUACGAGCAGUCUACACAGAAGGCGGUUGGUUUGAGGAAGGGAUGAAGCUGGAGGCCAUUGACCCCCUGAAUCUGGGCAACAUCUGCGUGGCAACUGUCUGUAAGGUUCUCCUGGAUGGAUACCUGAUGAUCUGUGUGGACGGGGGGCCCUCCACAGAUGGCUCGGACUGGUUCUGCUACCACGCCUCUUCCCACGCCAUCUUCCCAGCCACCUUCUGUCAGAAGAAUGACAUUGAGCUCACACCCCCAAAAGGUUAUGAGGCACAGACUUUCAACUGGGAGAACUACUUGGAGAAGACCAAGUCGAAAGCCGCUCCAUCGAGACUCUUUAACAUGGAUUGCCCAAACCAUGGCUUCAAGGUGGGCAUGAAGCUGGAGGCCGUGGACCUGAUGGAGCCCCGGCUCAUCUGUGUGGCCACGGUGAAACGAGUGGUGCAUCGGCUCCUCAGCAUCCACUUUGACGGCUGGGACAGCGAGUACGACCAGUGGGUGGACUGCGAGUCCCCGGACAUCUACCCCGUCGGCUGGUGUGAGCUCACUGGCUACCAGCUCCAGCCUCCUGUGGCCGCAGAACCGGCCACACCGCUGAAGGCCAAAGAGGCCACAAAGAAGAAAAAGAAACAGUUUGGGAAGAAAAGGAAAAGAAUCCCGCCCACCAAGACGCGACCCCUCAGACAGGGGUCCAAGAAGCCCCUGCUGGAGGAUGACCCUCAGGGUGCCAGGAAGAUCUCGUCGGAGCCCGUUCGUGGCGACAUCAUUGCUGUGCGUGUGAAGGAAGAGCAUCUAGACGUGCCCUCGCCCAACAAGGCUUCAAGUCCAGAGCUGCCUGUCUCCGUUGAGAACAUCAAGCAGGAAACUGACGACUGAGCCUUCCUGCCGGCAGCCUGGCUUCUAGCUGGAAGCCAGCCCAGGGUUUCUCUACCACCACCACCACGCCUCCAACUGACUUUGGCUUGGAGACUGAUCCUCUGUGUGUAAAUUCUGCCCGGUGCUGUGAAGGCUGGACGGUGGAGGACCUGCCUGUUGCCUCUGCCCUCCCCUGUGGAAAGGCCUAUGUGAAGGGCUGCUUGAGGCCCCCGAACUCGUCUGUGAACCACCUUCUCCAGCCAGAGUUCCCAAAGCUGGAACACUAGCUGCCUGCUCUUCCUUGAGACGGCCUCCCUGCCGACCCGCCACGGCCCUCAGUUGCCAGGGAUGGGGCCACCCUUGUCACACUGUGGAAGACAAGACAGUGAACUCUGUCUACCCCAACGAGUCAUGUAAAUUAAGUUCUAGAGCAGCUCUCUGAGCAGGAUAAGGUCCCCUGACAGUGAGUUGUGUGGUGGGGGCAGCCUCUGCCUCAAAAAUUCAACAAGCAAAAUGCCUCUCAGCCUCACGUGUUGGUCCUCUGCUCCUCCUAGCUCCCCAGGGAUGUUGGGGACCCAGCUUGUCUCGGCAGCUGAGAAGCAGUGACCAGGAUGUGGAUUUUGGCGACCUGUGUGGUGGCCUUGAGCUGCUUUCUGUGUUUGUGAGGACUGACUGCCAUUUCCUAAAGGAAAUGCCCCCGGGGAGGACAUUGGGAGGAAGAUGGCCUGAGUGUGCACUUUGGCUCUGCUACCUGCUCCUGAAGCCCCGCUAAAAAUAAUUCAUCCAAGAUUCCUUUGUAGUUAAAGGGUCCAGUUCCGACUGGAGCCUCUGGAGAGCUGGGCUUGUAUGCUCUUUUGGCCUUUUGUUCCUACCUGAAUGAAGAAACCAUGCCUGGAGGGGCCGUGAACACAGAACCCUCAGGACAAGGAUGACAGAGCUGGAGGACACAUCUAGCUGCCAUUGCAACCUCACUGGGCUCCCCAGACUUUGUGUAUGAGAAAUUAAAUCCCCUACUUGCUUGAGUCCCGUUUGUUAGAUCUCUAUUCCUUGCAGAGUGUGUUCUGACCCCCCCCCACCUCAAGGUAUCGAUUAUGAAGUCCACGUGAGUCAAGACACGAGUGUGCAAGGCCGUAAAGAAUAAAUGUCGCCUGUCAUCAGCUCGA